AUGAAUAAGAGACAGGAGUUUACCGUGAGAGCAGUUGGUAUACCUUCAAUAAGUGAGGAUGUCAUUGAAGUGCAGGUGGCAGAGUUAGCAAGCUGUUUUAAGAUCAAUGUUGAAGAUGUUCAUCGUGGACAUGGUCAGACGACAGAAUCUAUGGGAGUUGCUGUUAAGCCAUGCAGGUGUAAAGCCGACAAAAUUGGCCCAGUGGAAGCAGAAGAAUCAAAAAUAAUUGAAGACUCAUGCAUGAAAGUUGGAGAUCAGUGGAUGAUACCAUAUCCCUGGAAAAAGGACCCAAAUUUGUUGCCUACCAACAGACAGCAGGCUGAAAGAAAAUCAGAAGCCAUUGAACGAAGACUUCAAAAAGACGUUGAGCUCGCAAAAGCAUAUGAUGACCAGAUAAAGGCCAUGGUCGACAUAAAUUUCGCAAGAAAAAUUAGCAGAGAGGAACUAGAAAAUCACAGAGGCCCAGUAUAUUACAUAGCCCAUCACCCAGUGGUGCGUCCGCAGAAGAAGAGUACACCAGUCAGAAUAGUCUUAAACUCGACAGCAACAUUUAACGGACACUGUCUCAACGACUAUUGGUACAAAGGACCAGACUUACUCAACAACCUGUUCAGAGUGCUCUUGCGGUUCCGGGAAAAUAACGUUGCGAUAUGCAGUGACAUAUCAAAAAUGUAUAUAACCGAAUACUUAUACCAUAUGAAGAUCAGCAUGUGCAUCGUUUUUUGUGGCGAAACAUGA